ACUUUAAAUCAUUUCGUAGGAGCAAAAUGGCAACAACGCAGAAAAAUACUAACACCGACAUUCCACUUCAACAUACUUCAAAAAUUCUGUGUGACUAUAGAAGAAAAUAGCAGAAGAAUGGUAGAAGAAUUAAGCAGCUCCACAGGGAAAAAGAUAGAUAUCACACCACUUAUGUCCGAAUUUACGCUCAACUCUAUAUGUGCCAUAAAUUCUGUUGUUUUAGAAACUGCAAUGGGUACGCGAUUUUCGGAAGAGAUGGCUGACAAAGGGCAAUCAUACAAAGCUGCAAUUCAUAAUAUAGGGAAAGGUUUAGUUCAAAGGACGACUAGAGUUAUAUUAUUUCCAGAUUUUAUAUUUAAUCGUUCAACUUUAGGAAGGCAACAAAAACAAUCGAUAGAGGUCGUUCAAAGUUUCACAAAAAAAGUAAUAAAGGAUAGAAAAGUAUAUUUAGAAGAAAAUGGUGACGAUAAUCUGGACAAUGUUGAACAGAACGAGUUCGAUACGAUCAAUAAAAAAAAGAAAACAGCCAUGUUAGAUUUGCUUAUUCAGGCACAAAAAGAUAAUUUGAUUGACGACCAAGGUAUUCAAGAAGAAGUGGAUACCUUUAUGUUCGAAGGACACGACACCACGGCAUGUGGCCUUAUAUAUUGUUUGAUGUUGUUGGCCAACCAUAAACAUAUACAAGUGAUUAUUUUGUUACAGGAUAAUAUAUUUAAAGAACUACAAACAAUCUUUGGUGAUUCGAAACGUAAUGCCAACUACGAGGACUUGUCUAAAAUGCGCUAUCUUGAAUGCUGUAUUAAAGAGUCUUUAAGACUCUAUCCGCCAGUGCCAUUCAUCAGUCGCCAAGUAUCUGAAUCCAUUAAUUUAGGGGGAUAUAAAUUACCUAAAGAUGUAAUCUGCCAUGUUCACAUCUACGAUCUUCACCGCCGUGAAGAUUUAUUUCCCAAUCCGUUGAAGUUCGAUCCCGACCGUUUUUUACCAGAGAACUGUGUGGGACGUCACCCAUACGCCUAUAUUCCGUUCAGUGCAGGUCCACGGAAUUGUAUAGGUCAAAAGUUCGCUAUGAUGGAGAUGAAAUCAGCAUUGUCAGCUAUACUACGACACUUCGAGCUGGAGCCGGUUACACGACCUUGGGAGCUGCGAAUAGCCGCUGACUUGGUGCUGAGGAACACCGAACCAAUUUACGUUAUAUUCAAUAAAAGGAAUAACACAUCCGCAAUGACAUCCUAG